UGGAUCAAGUAUAAUGAUAUCUGACAGUAUGAUUAAAAUCAUUAUCAUAAAAAACGCUUCGAUGCAAAUCUUUAGAAGUGUUUAAUUUUAAAAAAUUGGUGGAUUAUUCCAAAAGCUACAUGAUCAGCUAGUUCCUUAUUAAUAUCCUGAUUAUCCCGCAGAGGGAUCCGCAAGGAUCACGGGCCUAACAACUCCGCGGACCCUAGUUAAUUCAGUGGGGGUGGAAACACGUACCACUGCUCCUAGUCGGUCAUGACUUUGGUUAGUUGGGACCGGUAGGCCUGGACAUACCUGCUUGCUAAUAGUAAAUAGGCCCCCCUAAUUCAGUCAUACCAAGUGAAAGGGUUGCUAACUUAUCACAGGGUAGUUAGCCGAAAGGUAAAGUGACCAUUGGGAUCCUCUAUGGCACCUGGCGCACCAUAGAGUAUACAGCCUUAUCACAGUAUCGAGCUCUGCUGUGACGGACCUUUAUUUCUCGACUUCUCGUGGGAACUAUAUGGAUAAAAACAUAGAAAAACCACAAAACAACGAACUUGUGACGAUCAGGGAUCCUACGGACAACCUGUCGGAACAAGAGCGUGAACUAGCGAUUCUUCGCAAAAGAAUCGCUGUACUUGAAGGUCUCAAUGCCAACAACGGGACUCUUGGUGAACCGUCUACUAGCAAAGAGACAGCAACGUCAACUAAUGCAGACCAGGAGUCGCAAGAUCAACUGGGAGCAGUAGCUGACAAAAUCGAGGAUCUAAAACUUAGACCCUCGGACAAUAGAAUUCAAUUCACUCAGAUAAACCUGCAUCACAGUAAGGGGGCCAGUAGCGUGUUACUAAGGACCCUAACUGAGAGUCAUACAACACACUUACAAAUAGCACUUAUUCAGGAGCCAUGGAUAAAUGGUGACCAGAUUAUGGGGCUAAAUCUAAGGAAUUUUAAACUGUUUCAUAAACAAGCAGAUAAACCAAGAACUUGCAUUUUGGUUAAUAAUAAAGUUAAAGCCAGCUUGAUAUUUAAUCUAUCAAGUGCAGACUUGACUAUUAUUAAAGUAACAUUAAAUUAUGGUAAAAAUAUUAUAGUAGCUUCAGGAUACCUACCAUAUGAGGUCACAAACCCAGGUAGGUCCCUACCUGGGUUCUUUAAUUAUCGCAAAAAUGAAAAAUUAGAACUUAUUCUAGGUAUGGAUGCUAAAGCACACCACACUAUUUGGGGGAGCAGUAACAUCAACCAAAGAGGAGAGGUAAUAAUGGAUCUAUUGCCGACUACAGACCUCAGUAUACUAAAUAGAAGUAGCGAACCUACCUUUGUAAUCAGGAACAGGCAGGAAGUCAUUGAUAGUUUGCUCAAAAGGGUUACUUCAUAAGAUAAAAGGGUGGAAAGUGUCCUCCGAACCUUCUCUUUCUGAUCAAAGGCACUUACGAUUUACUUUGGAAAUUAAAAGUUAAGACGGAGUACUAUAGGAACCCGAAAAGAAUAAACUGGGAAAAUUACAGGGCAGAUCUUUCUCGUGACCUGAAUAACCUACAAUUUAGAUUGGGGUCGAGACAGAGUACUAAAAGGGCUGUAAAUAUACUACAGGACUCCAUUGCCUCGGCUUACAAAGAAAACUGUCCUUUAAUAGAAAGGAAAGGUACAGGACAGGGUGUAGCUUGGUGGAAUGCUAACCUGUCUAAAUUAAGAAAGAGUUCACGUAAUCUCUUAAAUAAAGCAAUGAAAUCAGGUUUGGAACAACACUGGGAAUCCUAUAAGGUCGCCCAAAGGAACUACAAAUCUGCAUUGAAAAAGUCCAAAUGAGAAAGCUGGAAGAAGUUCUGUGGGGAUAUACAACAACUCCCUAUAGCAACUAGACUUCUGCGAUCACUGAGGAAGGGACCAAACAAAACUGUCGAGGCAAUACUACUGAAUGUUCACUAAUAACGAUAAUGAAACAUUAUCACAUUUGAUGAACACACAUUUUCCUGACUCGGUAAUUAACAACAGAGAACAGUCACAUGAUGCACAGGACAAACGUGUGGCCUAUGCAGAUUGUAGACUAACCAGGAAAGUGAUAACCCCAAGUGGAAUAAGAUGGGCAAUAAAAGCUUUUGGCAGUUUUAAAGCUGCAGGCUAUGACAAAAUUUUCCCUGCACUUCUGCAAUAAGGGUUAGAGAUAAUCGUCCCCCAUCUCUGCAAAAUAUUUAGGGCAUGCCUUGCCUAUGGUUAUCAACCGGAAAGCUGGCGUAAGGUUAGGGUGGUGUUUAUACCCAAACCUAACCGCACUAACUAUUAUGAAGCAAAAUCCUACAAACCAAUCAGUCUUACUUCUUUUCUUCUUAAGACUAUGGAGAAACUUAUUGAUAGGUACAUCAAGGAGGUGCCUCUAAAGGAGAACCCUUUACAUGAAAACCAACAUGUGUAUCAAACGGGGAAAUCUACUGUUACAGAUCUACACUGUUUAACCACUAAGAUAGGGAAAGCUGUGGAGAAUAAAAUGUAUACAGUAGGUAUAUUCCUGGACAUCGAAGGGGCUUUUGACAAUACUCCCUUCGAUGCUAUGUGCGAAUCUGCACAAAAGCAUGGAAUAGAAUUUCGGGAUCAAUUCAUUUUGGGAACAAUCCAUUUCAGCUCAAUGAGAUCAAAGUAAUCAAAAGUGUUAAACAGGGAUGCCCACAAGGCGGAGUUCUAUCCCCCUUGCUAUGGUGUCUAGUAUUGGACUCGCUUAUUAGAGAGUUAAACAAAUACUGUUAUACACAAGCCUAUGCGGAUGACUUAGUUAUAGGAGCGGUGGGUAAAUUCCCAGACACUAUUAUAGACUUAGCACAACGGAGACUAAACACUAUACAGAUAUGGUGUAGUAAGUAUGGUCUAUCUGUUAAUCCAAAUAAAGCAGAGGUUGUUAUGUUCACUAGAAGGAGAACAGGACUAGAGAGUCUUGGCACUCUUACUCUAAAUGGACAAAAAAUUAGCUUAAAAACAGAAGUAAAAUACUUAGGUAUUAGGUAAGCUAAAAUGGAAAUCACAUGUUGAGUUAAGAAUCAAAAAAGCAAUGACCACAUUGUGGACUUGCAGCAGAGCCUUGGGAAAGAUAUGGGGUCUUAAACCAAGAGUUAUGUAUUAGUUGUACACUUCAGUGAUUAAAACUAUGAUAUUGUACGGUGCCCUAGUCUGGUGGACCAGAACAGCACUCGUUACAGCUAGGAAAGAACUUAGUCGCAUACAGAGAAUGGCUGUUAUGGCCAUCACUGGAGCAUUAAGAUUCCUGGUCUAUUGCUGGGUAAUCUUAAUAGCAUGACUAGACAUCAAAUAAGCACCCUGACUGGUCUACUGGCAGGACAUGGUCACCUGCUUAAACAUCUUAACGCAAUGGGGGUAUCGGAACCACCAUUGUGCAGGAAAUGUGGAGUAGAAGAGGAAGACUCAUUUCACAUCAUGUGCGAAUGUGAAGCCUUGUCCACACUAAGAUCAAACUACUUGAGUAAACCUUUUCCUGAAAAAGAAGAUAUUAAAAACCUAAAACCCAGAGAGAUACUUAAUUUCGCCAGAAAAACAGGACUCUUUGGUCAUCUGUAGAGGUGACUUUAUGGUUGGUAAUAUAUUAACACUUCGGUGAUAACACUUAAGUGGGUAAACCGAGUUAAGACAAUUCGGUAUGAGGUGCGCACAAUGGACCAACAGAUUUGAGUGCAUGGGCAUUAUGUCCACCUCGAUAAUAACUAAAACUAAACUAAAAAUAUCCUGAUUAAGAUAAAGUAUGUCGAAUGAAAAAGGGAUUAUUAAAAAAUAUUAUUUCUCAUAAAAAAAUUGUGUUAAUCCAUACACUUUUCAAUAAAUUAUAGCAUUAUAAAGUUAAUAAUGUAAAAAAUAAAAUCGAGAAUUUUCACACAAAAAUAGCAUUUGAUAGCAAUUUUCACCAUGAAGAUAAAAUAAAGUUCGAAAUUUUUUUUUUUUCAUGAUAAAGUAUAUUACAUUAGCUUUAAUUUAAGAUAUAUAUAAAAGUGUCAGACUUUCCGAAACAUAUUCAAAAGUCAAGUUGAAAAAGUUGUCUUUUUAAAUCCUCUCCUGUUAGCAGGUAAAGGGUCAGAUUUAUAAAAAAAUAUACCAAAUAAAAGGUAAUUAUAUCAUGCAUUUAUAUAAAAAAAAUUAUAUUGAUUUGGUUAUUUUUAAAAAAAUUAUGGGUAACUUUAGGUUAAAAAAAAAACCCAGCACAGUGGGGUCGUGGCAUAGUUGGAUCCAGUAUAUAUAUUAUAUCUGACAGCGAUUAAAAUCACUAUCAUAAAAAACGCUUCGAUAAAAAUCUGUAGAUAGUAUUUAAUUGAAAAAAAAAAAUUGUCAAAAAAGUAGGUCAAGAGCUGAGAAAAUAAAUUUAAUUACAAAAAAAAAAACCACAUAGUAAAAUAUUAUUAAUAUUGGUUGAAAUUGAGUAACAUUAACACGUGCCACAAGAGGGUUGAAAAUUCGUCUGUAAGGGUGGUUUUUCAGUUUUCUUCAUUUAUUUUACAAACUAUGUAAUUUACAAAAAAAAUCAUAAAACUUAUUUUGUAGAACUAUAUG